AUGUGGACGCUGUGGCCGGCGCUCCUGUUGACGGUAGGUCUGGGGGAGGACUUCGGAGGCGCCGCGGGUCUGCGAGAACCGAGCGAGAAUCGACCGGCCGACGCACAAGUGCCACGGGACCCCGGCAACCUCUUCAACGCCGCCCGGGGUCUGGACCGGCCGGGACAGGGGGUGGACCGGGUGGGUCUGGACCGGCCGGGACAGGGGGUGGGUCUGGACCGGCCGGGACAGGGGGUGGGUCUGGAUCGAACGGGGCUUGAUCGGGGGCGAGUGGUAGGACGGCCGGACGCGGAGGCUCUUCGGCCCGGAGCAGAACCGAGUGCAGGUCGGCCGAGCACCUUCACAUAUGGUCGUCCAGUGGUAUUGCCGUUAGUGGAUGUAACCAAAUACUGGAGGUUGUGGGGGGUGCAGCAAGGUUUGAGUGAAGCUGCGAGCAGUGUGUUGGAGGAAAACGGGGUGAAGGAACUGACGAACCAGCAGACUAUCGAAAUAGGACGCGCUCUGGAACAGAGUCAUGAUGUCUAUAGACAGUACCAUGCUCACAUGCUCCCAGAUGUACUCAGAGAAGAGCCGGUGGUGGCCGAAGCAAAACUUUACUUGGGUCACGACAACUUCGAACGAGACCUUCGGGCAUGUUGGAGUCCUUACUAUGGCGGCACCGGCGGUCGCUACAACGGUGUUGGUCCCGGAGUUAUUGGUCCUGGCGGUCUUGGUCCCGGUCUUGACGGCCGUUACGGACUUGAAGGACGUUUCGGAGCUGAAGGUCGCUUCGGACCUGAGGGAAGGUACGGACCUGAAGGUCGCUUCGGACCUGAGGGAAGGUACGGAGGCCUUCCCGGUGGCGUCUACCCGGUUGUGGAGAGGGGGCCGGCCGGGGAUGGCGCAGUCCUGCUGCCACCCGGUCAGGAAAUAAUCUUGUUCGAAAGCAUCCACGAAAUUUUGGCGAGAUCCCUUUGUUUGCCGUUUGAAAGCUACUAC